AGGAGGUUUGGGCCAGUCCGCGAGCCGUUGCUCCGCCCUGGCCACGGAUUGGCUCGGGCUUGACGCCUCGUUUGUUCUGGUGACCAUUGUAUAGCGGGGCUGUUGACGUCUCUGCUCCUGUUCCGCCGGCUGCUCAUUGGCCCAGGCCCGGCCCAAAUCAUACCACCCCCUUGGUUGACAAGGGCAGGGCUGAGGCCCACCCAGUUACCCCGCCUUCCCGUACUAAGAUUGGUCCGCGACGGGACCCGUCGGUCGCGGUUGUGUCUGGGAAGGAGAGAAAAUGGCGGCGGAGCCGAGCAAGACAGAAAUUCAGACUCUUUUUAAGAGGCUUCGCGCGAUUCCAACCAACAAGGCCUGCUUCGAUUGCGGCGCCAAGAAUCCGAGUUGGGCCAGCAUCACGUACGGGGUUUUCUUGUGUAUUGACUGCUCCGGGGUUCACCGCUCACUGGGCGUCCAUCUCAGCUUCAUCAGGUCCACAGAGUUGGAUUUCAACUGGAACUGGUUCCAGCUGAGGUGUAUGCAGGUCGGCGGGAAUGCCAAUGCGACUGCUUUCUUCCGCCAACAUGGCUGCACAGCCAACGAUGCCAACACCAAGUACAACAGCCGAUCUGCCCAAAUGUACCGGGAGAAGAUCCGGCAAAUGGGGAGCGCUGCCCUGGCUAGGCAUGGCACUGAUCUUUGGAUAGACAAUCUGAGUAGUGCUCCCAGUCACUCCCCAGAGAAGAAGGACUCAGAUUUCUUCACAGAACACACCCAACCCCAUGCCUGGGAUGCCCACGUCUCUGAGACAUCAGACCUCCAGCAGUCAGCCCCACCUGCAGAGAGCAGUGGCCUAACACAGCCAGAGCAGGGCCCCAGCACAGAGCUGUUGGCUAGCUCACCGAAAGCCUCUGUGGAACUGAAAACCUCCAUCAUUGGCAAGAAGAAGCCAGCAGCAGCUAAGAAAGGGCUGGGUGCCAAAAAAGGCCUUGGGGCCCAGAAGGUGAGCAGUCAGAGCUUCAGUGAGAUUGAACGGCAGGCACAGGUGGCAGAGAAGCUCCGGGAGCAGCAGGUGGCUGAUGCCAAGAAGCAGGCCGAGGAGUCCAUGGUUGCCUCCAUGCGUCUCGCCUACCAGGAACUGCAGAUUGAUCGUAAGAAGGAAGAGAAGAAGCUACAGAAUUUGGAAGGGAAGAAGCGAGAGCAGGCAGAGAGGCUGGGCAUGGGCUUGGUAUCCCGAAGCUCCGUCUCCCACUCAGUGCUGGCUGAGAUGCAGGUGAUUGAGCAGGAAACCCCAGUGACUGCAAAAUCCUCCCGUUCGCAGCUGGACUUGUUUGAUGAUGUUGGUACUUUCGCCUCUGGACCCCCAAAAUACAAGGACAACCCUUUCUCCUUGGGGGACAGUUUUGGUUCCCGAUGGGACACAGAUACCACCUGGGGAAUGGACAAGAUGGAGGAGAAGGAGCCGGAAGUGACCAUCUCAAGCAUCCGGCCCAUUUCAGAAAGAGUCACAAACCGGAGGGAAGUGGAGAGCCGGAGCGCAGGCCUGGAGUCCAGUGAAGCGCGGCAGAAAUUUGCAGGAGCCAAAGCCAUUUCCUCGGACAUGUUCUUUGGGCGGGAGAUGGAUUCCGAGUACGAGGCCAGGUCUCGGCUCCAGCAGCUCUCAGGCAGCAGUGCCAUCAGCUCUUCAGACCUCUUUGGGGAGGUGGAUGGAGCUCAUGGAGCAGGUAGUGUAUCUCUGGGGACGGUGCUCCCUACAGCCGACAUUGCCCAGUUUAAGCAGGGUGUCAAGUCUGUGGCUGGGAAGAUGGCUGUGCUGGCCAAUGGUGUCAUGAAUUCUUUGCAGGAUCGCUAUGGUUCCUACUGA